GGCGGAGUCAUCGGGGGCGGAGCUCGGCGGGCUGGAACACGAGGGAAGAGGCUCUGGCCUCAAAAAGGAGGCGUGGCCACUCCAGAUAGGCCGCUCAUUCCUGAGGGCGUGGCCGUCAGGGAGGUGGACACGGCAUGGGGCUAGGAAGAUCCACGGCUUAGCGGGCGGCGUGGAAGCGGCUGCAGAGCGGCUCCUUUAAGCCCCCGGCACCGCCCCCACCGCCCCGCCCCCCGCGGCGGUCUGGGUCUGGUUGGCGACCCGGUCGGGUCCGCGCGGACCGUGAUGGAGCUGCACAUCCUAGAGCACCGGGUGCGGGUGCUGAGCCUCGCCCGCCCAGGUCUCUGGCUCUACACCCACCCGCUCAUCAAGCUACUCUUCCUACCCCGCCGCAGCCGGUGCAAGUUCUUCAGCCUGACGGAGACCCCCGAGGAUUACACGCUCAUGGUGGACGAGGAGGGCUUCAAAGAACUACCCCCAUCUGAGUUCCUUCAAGUGGCUGAGGCCACAUGGCUGGUGCUGAACGUGUCAUCCCACAGUGGUGCAGCAGUGCAGGCUGCUGGGGUCACCAAAAUCGCGCGCUCAGUCAUUGCACCACUGGCCGAGCACCAUGUGUCUGUGCUGAUGCUGUCUACUUACCAGACGGACUUCAUCCUGGUGCGGGAACAGGACCUGUCUGUGGUGAUCCACACGCUAUCCCAGGAGUUCAACAUUUACAGAGAAGUGGGCGGGGAGCCUGUGCCUGUUGCCAGGGAUGAUUCCAGCAAUGGCUUUCCCCGUUCUCAGCAUGCAGGACCCAGCCCCACUGUGCAUCCCAUCCAGAGCCCACAGAACCGCUUCUGUGUCCUUACGCUGGACCCUGAGACACUGCCAGCCAUUGCUACCACCCUCAUCGAUGUUCUCUUCUACUCAUACAGUGCCCCCAAGGAGGCAGCCUCUGGUGGUCCUGGACCCAGCUCUAUUACAUUCUUUGCCUUCUCCCUCAUCGAGGGCUACAUCUCCAUCGUCAUGGAUGCUGAGACGCAGAAAAAGUUCCCCAGUGACCUCCUGCUGACCAGCUCCUCGGGGGAGCUGUGGAGGAUGGUGCGCAUCGGUGGACAGCCCCUGGGCUUUGAUGAGUGUGGAAUCGUGGCUCAGAUCGCAGGGCCCCUGGCUGCGGCCGACAUCUCUGCCUACUACAUCAGCACCUUCAACUUUGACCAUGCCCUGGUGCCUGAGGAUGGCAUCAGCAGCGCCAUUGAGGUCCUCCAACGACGGCAGGACGGCCAGGGCUCCUGAGGCCUCCAUGCUGUCCCCUCACCCCAGGCUUCCAGAGACUUCUCUAAGCUAUUUCCUCAAGCUCUGGGAUGAGUCCUCCCCACCCCCAUUCCUGCUGGGGGACCCCUCCUUCUGCUCUCUGUAUGUAAGCUGCGUGCAGGCACCGGCUCUCACGUGGACACGCGUGUCUGCCCACGCAGGGGAACACGGUGCUCUGGGCUUCCUCCUGGAAGCCCUCACCCCUCACUCCCUGCUCGGCCUCAGUGUUUGCACAUUCCCUGCCUGAGGCCCAAAACAUCCCCCCUCUCAGUGCCCUGAGCCAGCUGCUCCUUUGGACAGGGCCCUGGUCUCCAUUCUGCUUCUGGCUGGGUCACCUUCCCUGGCCAGGUGAGUUCUGACAGUGUCUGCCCCUCCUGGGGCCUCCAAGAAAAGUAUUUUUACAUCUUUCUCCCUUUUUUAUUGACUUAUUAAUAAAGGCUUAUAGUUAUAAA